UCUGCUACGCUGCGCGCACCUAACAGUUGCCUUUUGUUUUGUUCGUAGUUUAUCAAUUCGAGUCGAGAUACUUUUGUGUUUCACCUACCUAGCACGCCCGACCGAUUCUUUCCAUGCACUGAUCUGUGGCAGAUCACCUGGCGGACCGAACGAGCCUGCAGAACCGCCCAGAAAGAAGCUCCUCUCCGCUGGGACUGGGAUGUGCGCAAAGCAUUUAAAUUGUGAACACUUCCGUAUGAUAGCGAUUCCUCGGAUGUGGAUGACCGCUCCGUUCCCGUGCCACCAAGUCGAGGAGUAAACCUGCCAGGGAGCACCUAGUGGAAUUCAUUUCGGAGGCGACAUGCUCGCGUACACCCACGGCACAUGGCUCCUGCUCCUGCUGCUCCUUGUUGCAGGCGCAUGCUCGCGGCCAGAAACAGCACACACACCGGAUCCGGCUGCACUAGGCGAGGAGUCUUCUCCACAUGCACACGCACAUCCACAGGCUCACCAUCAUCACCAUGCCCAUCCCCAUGCGCCGCUGGAGGAAGAUGAGCAGGGAACAGCCAUACCUGCUCCCAUCCUAACAGCCGAUCAUGUGGGCAUUGGGGAAACCACGACGGCAUCAAGUUUGGCCGAGACGCAAAGCAUAUCCGAUCCGGGAUCUGUGACAGACACAACAUCAACAAGCACAUACCACUCCACCUCGACCACGUCCACUACUUCGCCUGCACCCCUUCCGCCGGCUGCUCCCGAACAGCCCGAGUAUCUGAAGCACUGUUUCUAUGCAGAGGAGCAGCUGUGUGGCCACACUUUUGACGGACGAGCCGAAACCUCCGAGGGCCAGGGCUCGACAGUCGCGCAGUCGGAAGCCCAAAACCGAGGAGGACAGUGCCAGUGCAGGGAGCACCCGGCGCGGCCCAACUCCUGGUACUGCUGCAACAUAUCGCAGCUGACGAUGAUCUCAAGCUGCAGCAACAUAUCCAAGUGGACCAACCUGCACGUGCGCAACAUGACUGUGGAGGACAUGGACCUCUCCAACCCAAUAUUCCGAUCCCUGCAGUCGCUUGCCGUGACGGACGGCAAUAUCACUCGACUGGUGAACGCCUUUCCGCGGCUCUCGGCCCUUAAGUGCCUGAACAUAUCAAACAACAACAUCUCGGAGAUUCACUCGAGGGCGGUGAAGGACGUGCCCCAUCUGGAGUUCUUCGGCAUGUCGAACAACAAUCUCUCGCUGGUGCCUCACCGAAACCAGAAUAAGAACAUUACGCUGGAUAUCAGUGGCAACAUGCGCAUGCUGUGCACCCCGCUAAACGAGAUCAUAUACACCGAAUCCAUUAAUUUCCUGAACCCAAAGCACUCCUACUGCCAGUAUAACGCCACGCACACCUGGUUUCAGUCCACGGACAAGGUGUCCGUGGAGCAGCUGGAGAACAGGAAGCGGUGUGUGACGAAUUGUCCGGUUAUUCCAAACUACGGCAGCUGCAAUUGUACGCUGGAGAAUAUUAUGAUUAUACAGGACAACCAGUCAAAGCCCCAGUGCCACGUAGACUGUUCCAAUCUCGGCCUGGUGGAGCUACCCCAAAGACUGCCGGACAACACAUUUAUGCUCAAUAUCACAAACAACAAGAUAACCAGCCUGGGCGAUUACUUCCAUACCAAUCCUACCUACCACAAUAUCAACCGUCUCUUGGCCGAUAACAACCAGAUAUCCUCCAUCUAUGAAUUCGAGGGUACCAAGUUCAUCGAAACCUUUCAGCGCAUCUACAUGCGGAACAAUUCGCUGAGCAGGAUUCCGGAGUACUUUCUUAAGAAUGCCCUGAUGGACUCUGGCCUAGGCCGUCGUAUCUACCUGGCAGGCAACAAGCUGCAGUGCGACUGCAUCUCGGCAAAGACGCUGCAAAAUUGGCUGAAGGAGCGUAGCUCCGACAUACCCGACUAUAUGGAGAUACGUUGUCGCAACAUUCCCCAAAGAGUCAUCGAACUGCAGGAGGCCAAGCUGUGCCAGUCCCCACCAGACUGGACCGACUACAUAUACUAUUUAAUAGCCGCCGAGGUCCUGCUGCUGCUCGCCCUUAUUACCAAGGUGUCCUACGACUAUUGGGUCUUCAAGACGUCUGGCUAUCUGCCCUGGCCGGCCAGUAAAAUGCCCAAGUUGCCCUGCGAUUGGCUGUGCGAAUCGUAGAGUCAGAGUGGAGAGUAAGAUGGUCAGGUGGUCAAACAGACGGCCAUACCGUGACACAAUCACAUGACAGAGCGUAUUCUCAUAUGCGUCCUACCUUUAUAUGUAUCCGACUGUAUCUGCGGAACCGUGUGCCUUCUACAUUCAUAUAUAUGUGAACAAUUUUUGUGGUGUGUAGCCUUAAGAACAGUGUGCUUGCACUUGACGAUUUGUAGUGGGUGCGGUGCAUCUGGAAGCAUAAAACGGAGGUGUAACGUUGAUCAGCACCAUUACUUAGGGUCGUGAGCUUAGUCAGUCUACUUACAUGUGGCAAUAAAUUAAUAGAGAAACUCGUGUUCGGAGUUCAUUUUACGAAUGA